AUUUUUUUUAGAGAUAAUCAUAGAAUUGAACACUAAUCUUAAAACACUAACUGACUGGGACUUUAAUAAGCAUUUAAAACCAAUAUUCUUAUUAUAAGCCUUGUUAUAAGAUCGAUGAAGGAGCAAUAAAAAAUAAUAACUCACCUGCAUUGAAAUGAAAUAUUAUAUUCUUUUGUGGGAAAUUGAGUACAAGAAGAUUUGGGAAGUCCCUCACUUCUGUUGAUGCCAAACAACUUUUUCCUCGCAGCUGGACAAUGAAAAUUGUUAUAAAAAGAAACUAUAAAAUCACUGAACUUCCGCUCCCAUUGAUCGAUUUUUAAUGAGGUCCUCAUAUUUUUCAUCCAUUUGAUCAGUAAAUGUGCCCCAAUAAUUCCAUCAGUCUGCCACAAGUGAUCGUGUGAAAUGCCAGGAAGACUAUUUUCCUGGCUUAUUUUCCUCGCAGGGCUUUUCUCUGUGAGGGCACAAGCUGGUGCCCCCUUAAGCCUCACUUCUCCUUCAUUUGGACUUCCAAGUGCAGGUACAUCUCCAUCAUUUGGUCUUCCAAGUGCUGGAACAUCUCCGUCAUUUGGUCUUCCAACUGCUGGAACAUCUCCGUCAUUUGGUCUUCCAAGUGCUGGAACAUCUCCGUCAUUUGGUCUUCCAAGUGCUGGAACAUCUCCGUCUUUUGGGACAACAGGUGUAAGUGGAGGUAUAGUAGAUGUUCCAUCAAUUGGGAAUACUGGGGCAUCUGGAUUAACAUCUGUAGGAAGUGUUCCAUCAUUUGGAGGCUAUGGAUCCACGGGAUCCGAGUUGGGAACUACAAAAGGAGGGAAUUUAGGAGGGUCAACGGGUUUUGGUGGGGGUUUAUCGUCGCCGUCGGUUGGAUCUGCUCCGGCGUCUCUCCCGGGCUUUUCUUCUUCUAGUUUUCCUCCUGUAGGAGCAGCUCCAACCCCACCUCCAGGCUAUAUUCCUCCCGAUUUUGGCAAUGUAGGUUCACCCGGAGGAAGCUAUGGGAGUUACGGAAGCUACGGCGGUACUUCACCAGGCAGCAGCUUCCCUGGAAGCGGAUUUCCAGGAAGCAGCUCCCCAGGAAGCAGCUUCCCAGGCUCCAGCUAUCCAGGAAGCAGCUCUCCAGGAAGCAGCUUUCCCGGAAGUGGUUACCCAGGGAGCAGCUCACCAAGCGGAAGCUAUGGAAGUUAUGGCGACUAUGGUAGCUCGAGUCCAGGGGGAAAUGAUAUCUACAGCGACUACGGAAGUUACUAUGAAUAUGACUACCCAACAUCGGAUUAUCCAUCAGGAGGGAAUUACGUUGAGCCCUCUGCUCCAGGAGAUGGAGGCAAUGACGGUGGUGUAUUAAGGCCGCCGUGGCGCCGUCGCAGGAGACUCGGACGGAGGCGCGGUGGUCGCAUUGGAAGACGUCGUCGUGGUAGACGUGGAAGACGUCUACGUGGACGACGUCGACGAGGUGGUCGUCGCGGCAGUGGUCGCAGAAGGCGUCGUGGACGUGGAGGACAAGGAGGAAGACGAGGAAGACAAGGACGAAGAGGCCGUCGUGGACGUCAAGGUCGCCGAGGGCGUCGUACGAGAAAUCUUAGACGGGCAAUCGGAGGACGCCGAAGAAAUCGCAGAGUUCAAAGAGAUGCACCAGCACAAUAAAACAAUACUAAGACUUGCACUUAACACUCACUGUCCAGAAUAUUGUAAAAUAAAAAAAAAUCCCAAAAAUAUCUUUAAAAAUAAAAUAUUAAAACCACCAUUUCUACAUAUUUUUUCUCUCACUUUAUUUUUCAAUAUAUUUUUAAUAUAUACACAAUAUUUAAACAAAUUACUUUUUCUCUCUCUAUAAUUCCCUUUUUCUUAAUCUUUCAUUUCUUUUACAAUAUAAGAAAAAAAUUACUGUGAAUGAGGUUUGUAUGUUGACGAUAAUAUUUUUUUAUAUCGCGUUUUUUUCAUCUUUUUCCUUUUUUUUAAAUUAAAUUAUAUAGUACCUAUUUCUUUAUAUGAAAAUAUUUUACUGAUUUGGUUUUUCUUUCUUCCACUUGUUCUCUUCCUACGCAUCGCGCGCUCUACUUUAUAUUGGCGGCUUCUUUUUUUUUCUUCAUUAUAAAUCAUAAAACAGCAAAAAUAAAAAGGAAAUUAGAUUUUGUUUUUAAUUUUAGUAAAUCAAACAAAUCAAAAAAUUGAAAGGGAAAGGAAUAUCAUUUUUCAAAAAAUCGCAUUUUUCUUUUUUUUUGUUCCGGUGGAUUAAACAUGUGACAUUAAGCAGUAUAAAAAAUCAAUAAAAAAAAAUAAUCAAUAAGAUUGGAAAAGAUAAUUGAGAAAUAAAAGCGAAAAAUACGGAAGAAUUUUGGAUGAAUUCUAUGUAGAAUUUGCGGCAGUGAAUUCUUAUUAAAUUUUUUUUUUAUCAUCAAAGAGUGGCUUUUGUAUUUUUUGUUAUUUUUUUUUAGAAAAUGUUACCUCUUUUUCUAUUAACUAUUUUAUUUACGUUAAACCUUUUGUCGCCUGCAAAAAAGUUCGUCUCUGAAUGAAAAUAUAGAAUUUCUUCUUUAUCUUAUAUUGGUAUUAGAGUUCUUUUUUUUACAUAGUGUUGCAGUGAAAUAUUUACUAUUUUAAUGUUUUUUUUUAAAUUUUUUCUCUGCUGUAAGAAUAAUUUUCUUUUGUGAUUUCAUGCGCACAAUAAUAAUUUAUUUUUUGUGGUUUUCUCUCGUUUUUUUUUUUGUUGUAUAUAUAGAAAUAUUUUUUUUUAUAUUUUCAUUUGUUCAUGUUAUCUUUUUUAUUAACACUUCUCACUAUGCCUGCUAUUUUUUUUCUCUUUCCAAUUAUUACUUGUGUUUUUUUGCUUUUGCUUUUGACUAUGUCACGAUUUAUUUUCUUCGUAUUUCGCAUUUUUAUUUCUUUAUGUUUUCUUUUUUUUUAGUUUUCACUCAAUAAACCUGUAAUGCACUUGAAUUAUGUACUAUGUAUUUUUAGUUUUAUAUAUUCUUUUGUUUCUUUUUUUCUACGUGUUUAUGUUGCUAUUUUUCUCUGUUGGAUUUUUUUACCUAAUGGAUUACAUCUGUCGUGUUAACAUUACGCACGGAGAUUUCCUGUUCUGUUUUCUUUUCACAAAUUAAUUAUUCGUAAAAGUUUGUAAAAAGUUCGUUGAUCUCAAAACCACAAAAAUGAAGGUA